UGUGCUAUGGUCCGUAGAGAUGUGUACAGAGGGAGUGAGAAGCAGACUGGCAGCCCCGCUAUGAGGAUCUACCGAUAAUAGAAACGGGUAAUGCGGUCAUGUUGCAGUUGCUUGUCUUGAAUUCGGCUCGCACUGGCUGGAUAUCCGUUUUCAUGAAGCGGCCUGCAGGAGCUCAUCACUGGAAGGAAUAAACUGCGCCGUACGCCGCGCUGCUGUUGCUGGAGACGCGAUUUCACCCCCUCCACCCCCAAAAAACAAGAAUGGGGUCUCAAAUCACAACACUGCAGCUAAGAUAAAGUGGCCUUGCGCUUAAUUCCUCUAAUGGCAAAUUUUGCAAGUUACCAAGAGAGCAAAGGCGAAAUGUUGAUGCUGGAGCCGCAGCAGCAGAGGGCUAUUGGGACUAAACCGGCGGCCAACGGCGACACCUCUGUCGGGGAACCCCCUUCUUCUUCUUCCCUGCUCAGUAGCGGUGUAGCUCGCUUCCAUCAACACUUACCGCCUCCUCACCACCACCACCACCACCAGGCUACACAGCCGAAGGGACAGCAACAGCCGUCGCAACACCACUACCAGGCGCAGCCACAUUUGGAUGCCGAAAACCAGCAGGAAUCACCGAGGUCCUCCUCGUCUUGGGUUAACCCGGUACACGAGGCCACCGCUGCUACUUCAAGCCACACACAGGCUACCUCAGCUGCCUCUGCUUUAGCUGUGAACGCCGCUGCCGCUGCUGCUACGGACGGAGUGGAUGACAUUAGAAAGUGCGGUUACCUGCGGAAACAGAAACACGGCCAUAAGAGGUUUUUUGUCUUGCGGUCGUCGAGUCAUUUAGGGCCGAGCCGACUGGAGUACUAUGACAGCGAAAAGAAAUUUCGUAGUAGCCUUCGCUCCGCGGUUGCUGCCACCUCAUCUGCCGGGGCCGCGGCCGCGGCCACUGCCUCUCCUCCCAAACGGGUGAUCUAUCUGUACCAGUGUUUCACUGUAAACAAAAGGGCGGAUUCAAAGAACAAACACCUCAUAGCUCUGUAUACUAAGGAUGAGUACUUUGCAAUUGUGGCUGAGAAUGAGCAGGAGCAGGAGGACUGGUACUUGGCCCUGAGUGAGCUAAUGAGUGAGGGCAAAAAAGGCCACAUGGAGGCGGAUGAGCUCGAUGACAGCUACGGUGUGGUAACCCCAGGCACCGUCUUCAAGGAGGUGUGGCAGGUAAACGUAAAACCUAAAGGCCUAGGCCAAACAAAAAAUCUCACUGGUGUGUACAGGCUGUGCCUCUCUGCAAAGACCAUUCACUUGGUGAAACUGAACUCUGAGACCCCAUGCGUAAACCUGCAGCUGAUGAACAUCAGACGCUGCGGCCACUCGGAAAGCUUCUUCUUCAUAGAGGUUGGGCGCUCCUCCUCCAUCGGCCCUGGGGAGUUAUGGAUGCAGGUGGAUGACUCUGUGGUGGCUCAGAACAUGCAUGAGACCAUUUUAGAGACCAUGAAGGCGCUGAAGGCCUUUGCUGAAUUCAGGCCGAGGAGUAAAAGUCAGUCUUCAGGCUCCAACCCUAUGGCGUUCAUUACCACACGCCGCCACCUGGGCAACCUUCCUCCCAGUCAGACCGGACUCCAGCGGCGGUCACGGACUGAGUCUGUAGUGGGCACCCCACCUAGCAGUAAGAGCAGUGGUGCGAGCGGCUACCGGUUUCGCACCUCCAGUGAGGGCGAGGGCACUAUGAACCGCCCCUUUCGGUCCGUAACAGGCAGCCUGAUGCACCUCAAUACAGCCCGUGCCAACUUGAGCAGACAGGAGAGCAGCAGUGGUGGAGCUGGCAAUCGAUAUGUACGAGCCUUACCAGGUGCCAACUACCACGCACGAUCAGCCUCUCUUCCAGUCUCCCACUUCCCCUCCACCACCAGUCCAGUUAGUGUGUCCAGCAGCAGCGGCCACGGCUCCGUUACUGACACAAUCACGCGCCCUUCGAGUGCGUCCAUCUGUGGCUCACCCAGUGAUGGAGGCUUCAACUCCUCUGAUGAGUGUGGCUCCAGCCCAGGAGACUUCCGCUACUUCAGAGUACGUAGCAACACCCCUGACUCGCUGGGCAACACACCGCCUAUCCGUGAGGAGCAUUGUCUCAGUGACUAUAUGGCCAUGGGUUGGAACCGAGACAUGUUUGGUGGAAGUGCUGGGGAGGCUUCUCGUGAUGAGAGCACAGAUGAAGAUUCGCGGACAGGGUCAUUCAGAAGGCGAACUCCCUCAUUCACCAGGCAAAUCGGGGGUGGCGGCGCAGGUGGAGUCGCUGUUUAUCAGAAAACAACUCAGACCAACUUCUCGCUGGACGAGGCUGUGGCUGAGGGAAGCUCACUGGGCAGCAGUGGCCAGCCUGCCUCCACCUCCUCAUCGCUUCGCUCUGACUACAGCUCCAGCUCUGAACACAGCCAGGACCGCCCUCCUGCUAUGCGGGCUGCGGACUCCUUUAAAGAUGAUGGAUACAUGCCUAUGAUGGCUGGUGUCGUGCCCUCCCCACGCGACACAGACUACAUGCCUAUGCAACCUAGUGCCCUCCUCUCUGCCUCCCCACAGAUCCACUGCACUGCCUCCCAACAUGUAGACUCACAAGGCUACAUGAUGAUGCUGCCAGGUGGGAGCGGUAGCACAGACUCCUCAGCACCAGCCAGUCCUCACAUCAGUAGCAGGGGUCUCAGUCAGAGAGGUGCUGAGCGCCCUGAGAAUGGAGAAUACAUGGACAUGUCCCAGAGCAGGCCCACAGCAGGUGGACGAAAACUGUCUAACGACAGUUACUACACACUGACCACUCCUGAGAUGCCCAAAUCCUAUAGCCCAUACUUCUCCCUCCCACGCUCAUACAAAACCCCAACAAGAAAUCGGAGUGAGCAUGAUGAAUAUGUUCCCAUGAGCUCACCAGCAAAACCCAUCUACACCCCUCCCACUGCCACACCUGAGCAUAGUGGUAGGUGCUCCUCUAGUGAUGUGCUCCAGCACAAUGGCUGUAGUGAUGUGCAUGUGACAGAUCGCCGCGCGGUACGCCCCAACCUCCUCCCCCUUAGCCGGCGCAGUCUCCAAGGGUCGUUCAGGGUUAGCAAGGACGUAGAAGGCCCCUCCAGUCCUGGAGAGUACAUUAACAUUGAGUUUGGGGACCAGGCCACUUAUUCUGCCUGCCCACUCACUACAGAGGAUGCCUCUUCUGUCCACAGCACGAGCCAGGAGCGCAGGUGCUCGCCCCUCCCCCAGGACUACAUGAGUGUUGAGGUGGACAGCCUUCCACCUAAAAGCCAGUCUCCACGGCCUUCUCUGGUGGCUCCUUGGAACCCACCUACAUACAUCCGCCCCAUGACUUCCUCUUCCUCCCAUGGCAGUGGGGUCAGUGUGGGUCGUCAGGAUGAUUACACUGAGAUGAGCUUUGUUCAACGGGAGGGGUCCAGGAGCCAUGCAGCUAUGCUGCCACACCUGCGUGUUGUGGAGCAGUGUUGUCCAAGCUCUAGUCCCCCUCCUGAGCCAAAGGUGAUCCGUGCAGACCCUCAGGGCAGGCGGAGACACAGCUCUGAAACCUUUGUCAUGUCUUCAGAAGUAACAGGUGGGAGUGGCCCAAACAGCAGUGCCCCAGUGCCUAGCGGUGCCCCUCAGGUGGGGGGUAGCAAGUGGCAGAGCUCGCCGUCCUUUGACAGCGUGUGGAUGUGUGUAGACAGUAUGCCGGCAAAUGCAGUGGAAGCACCUGGCUUCUCUUCAAACCGAGCUGAAGCAAGUACCUCUUCCAUGAGGACUGAAAGGACUCAAUCUGCGGAACACCAGAACAGCCUCAACUACAUUGCCCUGGACCUGAGAGAGGACCCCCGGGCCGGGAACACCCUCGAAGCCCCUCCCUUGUCGCCCUCUGCUGUGCCCCUCCUGGAAAAUGGGGCCUAUGCCAGCAUAGACUUCACUAAAUCUGAGGGAAUCACUGCAGUUUCUAAAGACUGAAAAGCUGCUUGGCUGCAUUUGAGUGAAUUGAAGUCCCACCCAGCUACCGAUGGCCCAUCACGCUCUCUGCAGAAACAACACCAGGGGACCCCCACUUUGAUUUCACUUUAUGUCCUCCCUUUGAAUUUAUCCUAUUUAAAACAGAAUCAUAUCUUGGAUCGGUCUCAUAUGAGUUCAAUGCUUUUAUUAUUUUGCUUGUUUUGAUUAUUUUUGAUGUUGGAUUUCUUUUCCAUUGCUGCAUUAAAAGGGAGGUUUGCUCACUGAGGUGCAGGGAGCCCAGUACCCUACACAGUCUCACCUGGGCAGGUACACCAUCUGCAAGCAUUAAUACGGACUAAGUCUCAUUCAUUUGCAACUUAGAUUUCAGGUGCAUUUCUUAUGAAUUUUAGUGAUUUUGUUUUUUUUUUUUUGCUGGACAGAAACACUGCAAGAUACAAGUAUUCAUUUUUUCAGGGGUUCACCUGUGAAAUAUUAUGUUUUUUUUUUUUUUUUUUUUUUUUUUUUUCUUCUUGUGUUUGGAAGUUUUUGGUUUAGUGUUAUGCUCACAGCUUGUGUGUUUUGCCAGCCAAGGAGUCCUCCACUUCACACUAUCAGCGCUAUCCCAUAAUCCCAGUGCGGUUAAUGACGUGUUGGGGUUGCGUCAGCCCUAUGCUGGGCUCCUGGUGUGACGUGCUGCACAUUCUUCAUAUGUGACACAGUCUAUAUGUCCCCUCCCAAUCCUUCACUCCCCCCUCUCCUCUCUUCCUUGGUAGGGAACACCCUGCCUCUUCUCCUCUCUGCCAAAUAUGCUGGAUGGACAGAGGGGGAGGAGUAGAGUGGAAGAAAAGAGGAAGCGUCUAUUCUGGGACUAAACAAAAUGCCAGAUGAGGUCUGCUGCAGUCUCUGAACGCUAACAGGGCCAGCAUAGGGUCACGGAUAGCAUUGCCAUUAUUGACACGAAUGAAAACAGCUCUUUGAAAUGUUCCCUCAAAGAGGACCUGCAGCGAGAAGCUUUAAGGCCUAAACAUGCACUAAUUCUGCUAUUACCUGAGAAUAAGGCGACAUUGUGUUCAAGUGUUCAGUAUCCGACGACACUUUAAAAAAUGGUGUCGUAGGGGGUUCUUUGGAGUGAUGUCAUGGAAGAACACUUUGGUUCCUUUCAGUGGUUCCUUAAAGAAUCAAAAAUAUUUUUUUUAAGCUUGGAGCAAAGCUCUACAUAAGGUAAAAUUUCUAUACCAAUUAAAAGCUGUCCAUAGAAACCUUUUUUUAAGAGUGUAGCCUGCACAUUUUGAUGAGGAACUCCACUGAUUUUUUUUUCUUUCUGCAUAAUUCAGUCAUUGAGAUGGAGGCAAAGUCGUUUUGAAUGGUUUGAUGUGAAAUGGAGCACUAUAGAGAAACUUAGCGAAUCAGAUUUCUGUUUACAGUGAAAGUGAUAGAAACCAGGGAUCACGAUGUUUAUUCAACACAAACAGUUAUUUAAUUCCCUAUUCAGAAUGACCAGUGAACCUGCAUGGGUCUGAGUUUUUAUUUGUAGUGUUAAUAAUGGUAAAAUACUGAUAAAUCAGAAAACAUUUACUUUUGGCCUGCAUUCACCACUUAACCGCGGAUGGUUAAAAAUGCAUUUUAGGCCAAAAGCUUGUCUUAAAAUGAUUUGUAAAACAAUAUCACAGGCAUCAUGAAGUGUACUUGUAACCACUUUGUGUAAUACCUUCUGUGAGGGAGAUUUUAAAAGCUCUAAACCCUUUGGAUGUCUGCUUCCUAUCACCACCACUGUGAACAGUUUUGACUCUUAAGUAGAACAGUGCAUUUCACAUCCAACUGUAAAUGACUUUGUUUACAUUUUAAAGGUUUAAUAACAGCAUUAUUGAGAAACUGACAGAAACUGUUGGGAAGCUCUCCUAUCCAAAGGCAAACCUGCCAUAGGUACGCUGUUCUAAUAAACUCACCCUAAAAAGCCUACAAUGUGGGGAAAGGGGUUCUUCAAAGGAAUGUCUGAACUGAGAUAAAAAUCUUUUUUCCUUUAUCAGCCAGAACAAUUUUGGUUGGUGUUUUUAUUUUUCCUUUCAGUAUUGUACACAUGGUGUGCCAUGCUUCGAGUGGGUACUUCCAGUAGGAAGAUGUGGAACAGGAUUAAAGCUGAAUCUUUGCCUUACUGUUUGUGAUUUAAUGUUGUCUGUGUCAACCUUUUUUAUGAAAGCAUACUGGAAGAGGGAGAAACAAAGAAAGACAGACGGUACAUUAUCUAAAGCUUGCAACUGACUUGUUUUGGCUUGCUAGUUGGUACAUUAAAUAAAAGAACUUUAUUUCAGUACAUUUGAUAUAACUGAACCAAAUGUGAAGCAUUUGAAUUGAUGCUUGUAAUGAAAAUUUAAGAAGAGAUAUAUAUGAAAAAGAAUAGAGAUAUUUUCAUGGUGUGUUGUACAAUUGUUGGUACGGGAUGUUAAAGAAAAUGUGAAAAAAACUCAAAUCCUUAGUUGUUUCAGUCCCUUCUGGUUAAGGGCGCUCUUCCUCUGUAGCCCCCCUUCUUUUGUAUCAGACCCCUGUCUUAAAGAGCACAGCCCAGAGCAUUCAACUGUAAUUCAAAGAAAUCCACACACUAACAGGCCUUAUUUAAGACUGCUCAGUUCUAGGUCUUGGGCACAGUAAUAUGUGAUAUAGAGAGAAAGACCACAGCUGUACUUUGGCAUAUCAUACAAAUGGUCCAGUAUAGCAGGAAAAAAUGGGAAAAUCAGCUGUUUGCUGUUGUUUUUGCUCAAGUACUUUCGCUUUGUACUGUCACAAUUUCUGUUCAUUUACCACAUUUAGAGAAAUUACGAUCCAGAUAUCAACAGGUUCCAAUGAUAACCUAAACACGAUACACACAGAUGCACAUUCAUAUGACAUUAAUAUGCAAGUUCAGUUUAGUUUUUGUAUGUAGUUUAAACAGCUGAAUUGAUUUUUUUUUUCCAGAAUUGUAUGGAAUUGGUUUAUUGAUUAUUGGAUCAUUUUCCGAAUCAUAUUCAUUUGCAGGAAUUUGGGGAAGUUGGGCGUUCCCUAGGGUGAAUAGGCAUUUUUUCAGUUUUGUAAAAGAUGUUUUUGGUACAGUUGCAUUUUGUUUGCUGCUGUGUACAAAAAAAUGGAGAAAAAAAAAAAAACGAAUGGUAAUCUUAAUGAUGAUGAUGACAAAGCUGUCAUGGUAUGUGUGUUUGGUUCAUUUGAAUGCUGUUAUUGGCAGAGUUGAGUUCCUUUAUGGAGGAGCUCACCUCCUGUGAUCAUUACUCUGUCGUAGCGCCUGAAAGGGAAAACCAAGAGAAGAAAACAUUUCAACAACUGUUCAUGGCUGCGUCCAUUGUACAUACUGUUGCUUUUUUUUCCAUGUUGAUUUUUUUUUUUUCCUCUUUUUCUUCUGGGGGGAAAAGGAGAGUGAUAUCAGAUACAUUUUCGAGCAUUGCAUAGUGUUUAUAUUUAUCAGAUUUUUUGCUUUCAAUAGAGCUAUUGCAAUAAAAAUGUGGUAAUGUAACUGUG